GAGGAGGAAAACAAGAAAAAAAAAUAUUCUGAACCAAUGGACUGCAGACAUAGUACAGGAGAUGACCAGAGACUGCGGACAUAGUACAGGAGAUGACCAGAGACUGCGGACAGUACAAGAGAUGACCAGAGACUGCGGACACAGUACAGGGGAUGACCAGAGACUGCGGACAGUACAGGAGAUGACCAGAGACUGCGGACACAGUACAGGAGAUGACCAGAGACUGCGGACAUAGUACAGGGGAUGACCAGAGACUGCGGACACAGUACAGGAGAUGACCAGAGACUGUGGACAUAGUACAGGAGAUGACCAGAGACUGCGGACACAGUACAGGAGAUGACCAGAGACUGCGGACACAGCACAGGAGAUGACCAGAG